AUUUCUUCUUGGAUACUAACUUGUAAAUCUGAAGAAUGGCAUUCCGGGCAAUAUCUGUGUUGGUUGGAGUAUUUGUUUGUUCCAUCUGUGUAAAAGGAUCCUCUCAGCCCCAAGCAAGAGUCUAUUUAACAUUUGAUGAGCUCCGAGAAACCAAGACCUCUGAAUACUUCAGCCUAUCCCACCAUCCUUUAGACUACAGGAUAUUAUUAAUGGAUGAAGAUCAGGACCGGAUAUAUGUGGGCAGUAAAGAUCACAUUCUUUCCUUGAAUAUUAACAAUAUAAGUCAAGAACCUCUGAGUGUUUUCUGGCCAGCAUCUACAAUCAAAGUUGAAGAGUGCAAAAUGGCUGGCAAAGAUCCCACACAUGGCUGUGGGAACUUUGUUCGUGUGAUUCAGACUUUCAACCGCACUCAUUUGUAUGUUUGUGGGAGUGGUGCUUUCAGCCCAGUCUGUACUUAUUUGAACAGAGGGAGGAGAUCAGAGGACCAAGUUUUCAUGAUUGACUCCAAGUGUGAAUCUGGAAAAGGACGCUGCUCUUUCAACCCCAAUGUGAACACUGUGUCUGUUAUGAUCAAUGAGGAGCUUUUCUCUGGAAUGUAUAUAGAUUUUAUGGGGACAGAUGCUGCUAUUUUCCGAAGCUUAACGAAGAGGAAUCCAGUCAGAACUGAUCAACACAAUUCCAAAUGGCUUAGUGAACCUAUGUUCGUGGAUGCACAUGUAAUUCCAGAUGGCACUGAUCCAAAUGAUGCAAAGGUAUACUUCUUCUUCAAAGAGAAACUGACUGACAGUAGCAGAAGCACAAAACAGAUUCAUUCCAUGAUUGCUAGAAUAUGUCCUAAUGACACUGGUGGACUGCGUAGCCUUGUCAACAAGUGGACAACCUUCUUAAAAGCAAGACUGGUGUGCUCCGUAACAGAUGAAGAUGGCCCAGAAACAUACUUUGAUGAAUUAGAGGAUGUAUUUCUGCUGGAAACUGAUAAUCCAAGGACAACACUUGUAUAUGGUAUUUUUACAACAUCAAGCUCAGUUUUUAAAGGAUCAGCAGUAUGUGUGUAUCAUUUAUCUGACAUACAGACUGUGUUUAAUGGGCCUUUUGCCCACAAAGAAGGACCCAAUCAUCAGCUUAUUUCCUAUCAAGGAAGAAUUCCAUAUCCUCGCCCUGGAACUUGCCCUGGAGGAGCAUUUACACCCAAUAUGCGAACCACCAAGGAGUUCCCAGAUGAUGUUGUCACUUUUAUUCGAAACCAUCCUCUCAUGUACAAUUCAAUUUACCCAAUCCACAGAAGGCCCUUGAUCAUUCGUAUAGGCACCGACUACAAAUACACAAAGAUAGCUGUGGACAGAGUGAACGCUGCUGAUGGCAGAUACCAUGUCCUAUUUCUAGGAACUGAUCGGGGUACAGUACAGAAGGUGGUGGUUCUUCCGACAAACAGCUCUGCCAGUGGUGAGCUCAUUCUGGAGGAGUUGGAAGUCUUCAAGAAUCAUGCUCCAAUUACAACGAUGAAAAUUUCAUCUAAAAAGCAACAGUUGUACGUGAGCUCCAAUGAAGGGGUUUCCCAAGUGUCUCUGCAUCGCUGUCACAUCUAUGGUACAGCCUGUGCUGACUGCUGUUUGGCAAGAGACCCUUACUGCGCCUGGGAUGGCCAUUCUUGCUCUAGGUUUUACCCAACUGGGAAGCGGAGGAGCCGAAGACAAGACGUGAGGCAUGGCAAUCCACUGACUCAAUGCAGAGGAUUUAAUCUAAAAGCAUAUAGAAAUGCGGCUGAAAUUGUUCAGUAUGGAGUAAAAAAUAACACCACUUUCCUUGAGUGCGCUCCCAAGUCUCCACAGGCAUCUAUCAAGUGGCUGUUACAGAAAGACAAAGACAGAAGGAAAGAGGUCAAACUGAACGAAAGAAUCAUAGCCACUUCACAAGGACUCCUGAUCCGCUCCAUUCAGGAUUCUGACCAAGGACUAUAUCACUGCAUUGCAACAGAAAACAGCUUCAAGCAGACCAUAGCCAAGAUCAACUUCAAAGUUCUAGAUUCUGAGAUGGUGGCUGUUGUGACAGAUAAAUGGUCCCCAUGGACCUGGGCCAGUUCUGUAAGGGCUUUGCCCUUUCACCCAAAGGACAUCAUGGGAGCAUUCAGCCACUCAGAAAUGCAGAUGAUUAAUCAGUAUUGCAAAGACACUCGGCAGCAUCAUCAACAGGGAGAAGAAUCACAAAAGAUGAGAGGGGACUAUGGCAAGUUAAAGGCUCUUAUCAACAGUCGGAAAAGUCGAAAUAGGAGGAAUCAGUUGCCGGAGUCAUAAUUUUUCUUAGAUGAAGUUUAUGUUUCCCGUAGCAAAUGGUCUGUCUUCAAUGAUCAAAUUUUGAGCAAAGAAUCUUAUGCUUUAUCCAUGAGAAAUUCCAGAGAAAGGCAAUUACUCUUAAUGUGAAUGUUACAUGAACUGAAAUGAGCAUGCAUUUUCUUGUAUGAUAUUGACUAGCACUAGACAUGCCAUAGUCUUCAUGGUGCUUAUUAGUAUUUAACUUAACUCCAGAUUUUAUUUAUGUCUUUAUUUACCUAGUCUUCAAAAUCAAUAUGGUGGCUAUCAGAUGAGAAUUCUUGCAUCCCUUAGUUGAACAAGGGCCACAAACCUGCGAUCUGCCUAUCUAGGGGUUCAAUUUCUUAAAGUCAGUGAUUUUAUGUGUGAAAGUAAAAUGCCAGUUUUAUAAACUACAUGAAAGCUGUAUAAAUAAAUGCAUGUGACAGAGUAGCAGUCAAAAGAUGUAGACCUGAUAAGAAACAAGGAAGAAGGUGCCUAAAUGUUGAGUAAGACAAUUUUAUUUCUUGAAGAGAAAUGAGCUUAUGUACUUUCAGUGAAAUAUAUUAUUGGCUUUUAAGAUUCUAAAAGUUGUAAGUUGCUGAUAUCUAUCACUGUUCUUCCCUUAUUUCGGGAAAGUGAACUAUAUAACCCUCAGCAUAGACAUCUUAGAUUGGCAGUAUUUCAUUUCAUGGAAGCAUUUAAGUUUUUAUUCUUAUGUUAUUAUCAUACAUACCAAAAUACUUUCUUUUUGGAAAUUAAUUUAUUCUAGAUUCAGGAAAUGUAUUCUUGCAAUGUUUAUUGAUUGCUAUGUUUUUCUCAUGUUCUAAUCAAUGUGGCAAGCUAGACAGUAUAAGAAAAAAUGUUAGUUAAUAAUAAAGAAAUUGCUUUACCUAACCAUUAAAUAAAAGAACAUUUUUGGUCAUAUCAAACUUGUAUAUGAGGGGUGAAACCACCAAAGUGGAAAAAAGACUAAUGACCCAUAAGAAAAUGUAAUAUUAUUAAGAGUUUAUCAAAACUGUGAUUGCUUUCUAAUUCCAAUAAUUAAUUUCAGUUACUAAGUCACAGCUUUUUUAGAAGAUCAACCUAAAAAAGCGUACUCAUUCUUAAGUCACCAUUCAUUUUUUAAUAAACUUUGUGUGUGCUGAAGAGGUACUCAUUUUCUCUAGAGAAAUGAAAAAAUAUCUAACGUAAAAGCAAGUUGACAUGCUUUCUUUUAAAAGAAUGUUGAUGCACUAGCUCACUGCUAAUAAAUACAAAUGUAGUAAGUUUAGAAUAUAAAAAAAUUAUGUUCUUAUUAUUCUGUGGAUAAUUUAAUUUGAAUAAUUUAAUACUAAGGAAUUUUUUACUACAACUAAUGUUUAAGUGAUAGAAAUAAGAAAAAAAUCGCACUAUCAUUUUUAAAACAAAGUAUUUGCUCUUUAUUUUGCUUUUUAAACACUCUUUUGUGCUUCCAGGUGUAAACAGAAAUUAUGUGAUAUCAUUAAUAGUUUAUUUUCAAUUAGCAGUACAUAGAUGUAUCCAAGAAUUGUUGAAUAUAUCAUCUUUUUUAAGCUCUGCCACAUAAAACGUCAGUGUAAAACUUUAAGAACUAAAAUCAUUGUGAAAAUCAGUUUAAUUGAUCAAAAUCUAAGCAUAUGAUUUAUUAUCUAAGUAAUGGUAGAUUAUUAUAUAUGAAAGGAAGCUUCAGUAGACAAAAGAGUAAUCAAAAUAUACAAAAUAAGUAAAGUACAUUUUUAGAAGAGCUGUUUUUAAAAGGUUUUAUUCCUAAUAAAUAUGAUUCUAAAAUAAUCUUUGAAACAGUUUAUUGUAUAAAAGGUGUACUUAUUUAAAUGGUGCAAUUAAACUUCUCUUUUCUAUCCUAGAUGAGAAAUAGAAAUAUGUCCCAAUAUUAAACUCAGAUCACCUUCUGUGUUUAUGGCCAAUCUACCCUAUGUACAGAGUUAAAGAAAGAAAAAUUAACUUAAAGUCAUACUUUAGGGUGCCCCUUGCUUCAUGUAAAUUAAGACUGUUAGACAAUAAGGGUGUUUGGUUGUGAAAUAUCUUUUGUGCCUGAAUUUAAUAUCUUCUACUCUGAACAUUAUUAUAUUGUAUAUACUUUAUUACUUUUCUUCUAAAUGUGUAGAAAUCUUGAACAUUACUGCCAAAUACAAAGAAAAUUUUCUUUAAAACAAUGUCAACAUGUACUGAAUGUUGGUGGUUGGUUUUAUUUUGUGUAGUUUGACUAUUUGGGUCACUUAAUGUAUUAUUUUCCUUUGUAUUGUAUAUAAAAUUCUCUAGAAAAGCACUUUUUGUUCAAAGUGUUGGUUUGUGAAUAGAUUUUUAGCAUGAUGAAGCUGUCAUUACAGUGAAUGUUCACUCCGUGUAAGAAAAAAAAACUAAAUGUAGUUAGCACAAUAAUAUUUAAUUGGAUACUGAAGGAAUCAUUUGCCUGUCAAAAUAAAACGUUGAUUUCUUCA